UCGAUUCGGUCAUCAAUCUGAGCGAAUCGCCCACUGUAUCCCCGGCAACGCUGAAGGAAAUACACGGCAACCUCUCGAAGGAGAAAGAAAGAAAGAGAGAGACUACUCCGGAGGGGAAGCAGAAGCGGAGGAUUUGGGAAUCGAGAUCUCCGGGAGAGCCAAGGGAGGCGAGAGGCGGCGCCAAUGGAGGAAGAGCUCAAAUCACUGCUCCAAGACAUCGAAUCGCUCAAGCGAUCUCCAUCAGAUGCCAAAGCCCUCGAUUCGAUCGACGAGAUGCAACAGAGAGUAGUUAGAAUCAUGAAUCUUACAAAGUCUGGGGCCUCGCGCCGCUCCAAAGUCAAGGAUAUGAGUGCCGAGGUGGUGGACAGCAACCCAUAUAGUAGGCUGAUGGCCCUUCAGCGCAUGGGCAUUGUGGAGAACUAUGAAAGGAUACGAGAAUUCUCAGUUGCAAUAGUCGGUAUAGGUGGUGUAGGCAGUGUUGCUGCAGAGAUGCUCACAAGAUGUGGAAUUGGUCGCUUAUUAUUGUAUGACUAUGACACAGUGGAGUUGGCUAACAUGAACAGAUUAUUCUUCCGUCCUGACCAGGUUGGCAUGACCAAGACAGAUGCUGCUGUCCAGACCCUUUCAGAUAUCAAUCCAGAUGUUGUUUUGGAAAGCUAUUCAUUAAACAUCACAACUGUAAAAGGGUUUGAAAUCUUCACGGAGAGUCUUAAAGCUCAAGGCUCCCACAAAUCUGGCCGAAGUACUGGAGUAGAUCUUGUUUUGAGCUGUGUUGAUAAUUAUGAGGCUCGUAUGGCUGUGAACCAGGCAUGCAAUGAGCUGGGUCAGACAUGGAUGGAGUCUGGUGUAUCUGAAGAUGCUGUUUCAGGUCAUAUACAACUGCUGGUUCCUGGGGAAACUGCUUGUUUUGCAUGUGCCCCUCCUUUGGUUGUAGCAUCUGGAGUGGAUGAACGUACGCUCAAGCGAGAAGGUGUGUGUGCUGCAUCUUUGCCAACAACCAUGGGGGUUGUUGCUGGUCUCCUAGUUCAGAAUGCACUAAAAUACUUGCUGAAGUUUGGACAAGUUUCUCCUUAUUUGGGAUAUAAUUCGCUUAAAGAUUAUUUUCCAACUAUGGAAAUGAGACCAAAUCCACAGUGUUCGAACUUUGCAUGUGUUGAGCGGCAGAAGAAAUAUAUCCAAACAAAACCGGCUAGAGAUGCUGCAGCUAAGGCGAAGAUGGAAGCUGAAGCAUCAGCAGCAAAAGAAGGCCCACUUCAUGUGGAGAACGAGUGGAAUAUAAG